GGUGGCCGGUGGCGGGUAAAUAUAAAGCGGCAACUGGGGCUGGACACCGUCAGGACCUCGCAGGGAACUGAUUGGAAUUGGGGAGGUUUGAAAACUCAUGGUUUUGGUGUCACGUCUAAUCUGCUAUUCUGGAAAUGGCAGACAAAUUGACUGAAGAACAGAAGAGGAAAAUAGAGGAGAACAGGCUGAAAGCAUUGGCUAGGAGAGCAGAGAGACUUGCAGCCCUGCAAAAUAAAAUCAAAGAUGGUAUAACGCAGCCCACAAUCUCUGGCUUUUUUAACAUUCGGACGACAGACACACAGCCAUCAGGAAUCGGUACCUAUAAGCAGGAAAGUAGUACUCCACCAGCAAGGACAGUGUUUGAAAAUAACAGCAAUAAGUUGCAUGUUUAUCAAAAGGAUAAUGGUAGUGAUGGAGGUCUGCCAUCAUUCGCUGCAAGCAAGCAACAUGGAAGCAGUUCAGAGUUAAAGGGACAGACAGCCUCUGUUUUGUCUAAACAGACUUCUUAUGUCAUGGGAGACUCCAGCUUGUUAAGUUCAUGUAAGACUACUGGAGAAGCUGGACCUUUAACGAGUGCUGGCACCAAGGUCACCGCAGUGGAAGUACCCAGACCUACUAAUAAUGUUUCAAAAUCACCUAACCUACAGACUGGGAUGGCUACGCCCGCCCCUGGCCCUACAUCUACAAAUGACUCUUUAAACAAUUCUGCAGAAAGUUCGAAACCAGCAACACCAUCCGGCAGCAAGACAGUUGGUGAAACAAGAUCAUUUAGGAAUACAAAUAAUGUUAAACAGUUCUAUUGCCCUUUAGUACCGCCAAACUCAACGGCACUUACUGGUAGCACGAUAGUGCGUGAAAUCCCCUGCUUUAAGCAAAAUUCAAAUACAGUAUCAGUAACGAAGAAAGAUGUAAAGUGUAUUAAAGGGAGAUGUGUUAAACAUGAUGAGAAUCGUUUCCGUGUUGAAGUGGGGUACAAUGCUGCUUUAAUCUCCUUGUUUAAACUCAUGCCAAGUAAAGUGUAUGAUCCCGGAACAAAAAUGUGGAACUUCGCUAUGUCCGAUUAUGCCAGUCUUGUGGGUGAAGUACAGCGUCUGCAAUCCGUGACAUUGAAACCUUUGGAAGGAAUGGGAGAUGUGGAGAUACCUAAAGAAUCUCUCAACUCAACGGCACAUGCAGUCAUUAAUAAACUUUUAGCAAUGUGCAAUAAUUGGCAAAGACCCAACGCCACCGUAAAAGGCAAAUGUAUGCUCAUCUCCCGUUCGCGUUUUGAGGUGGAUAUCGGCUAUCAAUCAGAAAUAAUAGCAUUAUUUAAACAAAUGGCAACACGGAACUAUGAUACGAACACUAGAAGAUGGAGCUUUUUAUUGCAAGACUACGAAAAACUGAUGGAAGCUGCGCAUGAGAUCCAGCAGGUUGAGAUUGAGCCGUUACCGAGAUGUGUAGUUCAAGCAUUUGGACCCCAGUUUGAGAAAACCUCCUUAAAUCAUGUGGAGUCACCGGAGGCUGACCUCUCCAAGGUGGAUUCUACUCUUGUGAACAACCUGAUGCCCUUUCAGAGAGAAGGGGUGAAUUUUGCAAUCUCCCGUGAAGGACGCUUGCUCCUUGCUGAUGACAUGGGAUUGGGGAAGACCAUACAGGCCAUCUGUAUCGCGGCAUAUUAUCGGAGUGACUGGCCCCUACUGGUUGUGGCCCCAUCUUCAGUCAGAUACACUUGGGCCGAGGCUUUUCAUAGGUGGCUACCGUCUGUUAGUCCAGACUCAAUCAGUGUCAUAGUAACCAGUCAGGACAGCAAUAUCAACAGUUUGAUCCACAUAGUUAGCUUUGAUCUCCUCGGAAAGGUGGACAAGCAAGUCACAGCUAACUGCAAGAUCAUCAUUAUUGAUGAAUCCCAUUUUUUGAAGAACGUGAAGACUGCCCGCUGUAAAGCUGCCAUGCCGCUGCUUAAGAGUGUUAAGCGAGUGAUCUUAUUGUCUGGCACGCCAGCCAUGUCCAGACCUUCUGAGCUCUAUAGCCAGAUUGCAGCUGUAAGACCAACCUUCUUCCCUCGAUUUCAUGACUUUGGAGUCCGCUACUGUGAUGCCAAGCAGACGCCUUGGGGUUGGGAUUACUCUGGUUCUUCUAAUCUGAAUGAGCUGAAACUACUUCUGGAAGAGUCUAUAAUGAUCCGAAGGCUGAAAUCUGAAGUCCUGUCCCAGUUGCCUUCUAAACAGCGCAAAAUGGUUGUGAUCGCCCCUGGCGUUAGCAACAAAAUGAAGAAAGUUCUUAAAGAAGCAGCCAACGAUACUGAAAGAAAAUUAAAGGCCAAAGUUCGGGUACACGAAGCGCUUUUCCAGUUUUACAUUCAGACCGCACAGGCCAAGCUGUCCUCUGUCAUAGAGUACAUCAUUGAUUUGCUGGAGAGUGGGCGGCAGAAGUUCCUUGUGUUUGGCCAUCACAAGCUGACCUUGGAUGGAAUCUCUGAAGAGCUGACUAAUCGGAAAGUGGAUUACAUCCGUAUUGACGGCACUACCUCGUCAUUAGACCGCCAGAUAUUAUGCAAGAAAUUCCAGUUCUCGGAGGACACGUGUGUUGCUGUCUUGUCUUUAAGAGCUGCCAACAUGGGACUGACACUUUCUAGUGCUGAUUUGGUUGUAUUUGCUGAGCUGUUCUGGAAUCCUGGAGUUCUGAUCCAAGCAGAAGAUCGGGCUCAUAGAAUCGGACAGACAAGUUCAGUGAACGUUCACUAUCUUGUUGCGAAAGGCACAGCUGACGACUAUUUAUGGCCAAUAAUUCAGAGAAAGAUUGAUGUUCUCGGACAGGCUGGGUUGUCUGAGUCUGGUUUUUCUGAGAACACAGAAUCUACAGAUUUUUUGAAAAAGGAUCCGAAACAGAUGAUUCUUGAUGAUCUAUUCAUGGUGUCUAACAUGGAGGACAGAGAUAUUGAUAAUGUAGAUAAUGUAGAUGAAGCUUUAUUUCUAAAGGCCUGUGAGGAAGUGGAACAAGAUACUCUGCUGGACUACAGCUCAGAGGAAUACGUGGAAAGCCCCUCCAAAAAAAGGAGAACCGAAGAUCCAUUUAAAUCAUGGCGUUAAAAGGAAGAUAGGUUUUAUUUGUACAGUGUUUGUAAGAUUUUUAUUUUUAAAUUUUAAGUAUAUUUUGUAUCGUUUAUAUCAUAUUAAAGUUCGAAUAGUUCUU